AGCUCGACGUGCACCGCCACCACUGGCAAGCAUCGAAGAUGAUGUCUUUUCCAGCCGUCCGCGAACAUAACGCAAGCAUACCAAGGCUUCAUAUCUUCAGGAAGAGGUGCGCAGACUAUUAUUCGCCAUUCGGAAAGACUAGUUUUCAUUGAUCAAGCUUUCGAAUGCCCCAGAAGUGAAUGCGCGUUGUGUAGCUACUGACACAGCCGAGGCCUGAGGGCCCUGACUCCUGAUAUGCGCGAUGGAUUAAGCGUCGGGCCGUGGUGGCAGCUCUGUUGGCCAAGACAAUACGGGACAUGGCAGCCCCCGACUCCCAAACCUUGAAGCUCGAGCGGCGUUCAUUUCUGUCCUGUGCACGACCUCCACUCGCACCCUCUGCUUCAUCUCAUCUUGGGUUUGUCAAAUUCACGGGUCUUGCUUUUUGCGCAAGCUCUAUUCUCAACCCGUCACAACUGCUUUCGCUUUGGAUCGAACGCACCGUCAUUCAAGUCGGGCAUGCGGCCACAGACUGUCCGUGUUGCUUCACGCGUUCUCGCUACCUAUCUUUCACUGCAAUUUCAAACUGUGCAAGCCGCUUCAACCAAUGCGACAAUCGAUGACAACAACGGUGAUUCCGUUACCGGAAGAAAGCCAAAAUUCUCCGCAAGUUGGAAUUAUGGCCCAGAUUGUCCAGGGUGUCUCGUCCAGCCGGACCAGCAACACACGUUCGACCGAUCAUGGCACGAUACAACUGCUUCCCCUGGUGAUACCAGUCCACACAAUGUAACACUUCAUUUUACUGGAACGGCCAUCUCGUAUGCCACGACAUAUGUGAAUGCCAGCUUCCGGCUCGAUGGCCAUCACGUUGGGAGCUAUGAGUACGACCCGAGCAAGAGCAGUUCAGUGGCAUACCGGUACAACGUCACCGUGUACCAGAAUGCGUCCUUGGACUACGCAGAGCACGAUUUGGUCAUUGAAGUGAAACGAGAUGUCAAUGCAUCGUACUUUGCGUUUGACUGGGCAGAGUAUACAUACGACCCGGACCGAGCGACCACCACAACAUCGUCUGGGACUAGGUCUACGGCAAUUGCUUCCGCCUCCGCCAGUACCACGUCCGUCGUCGGUUCUUCAGCAUCGUCCCACAGCACCGUCGGUCCCAUUGUCGGAGGAGUCGUAGGCGGCGUUGGCGCCGUGGUCCUCGCUCUGCUCUUUUUCCUGUUACCGGAUUACCCCGUAUCAGGCGAAGAUGCGAGGAGGGAGGAGAUAGAGCCAAUGAGCAAACCCGAGUCUGAUGUCGAAGAAGCGGGCGUCACCGAGAUGCGCCCGCCUGGCUCAACGCUGGCUCGACCCUUCCCGCCUUCACUCACGUCUUGUAUGGUCGCGGCACUUCCCGUUGGUAGCGACGCCUCCUCGACGAGGGACGAUCUGACUACCGUCUCGGCCUUCGGCGGAGCCUCGAAUACAGCCGACUCGUCACUCACAGCGCCGAGCUCUGGACGCCGGUCGAAGAGUGUGAUGCAGCUCGCAGAGCUGUCUCGCCAGAUGCGCGACAUGGAGGAACAGGUCGAGCAGCUGCGUCGACGCCAGUCUUCACGCGGACCUUCGCAAGCGCAAUCGCCACUGCGAUUGACACACGAGGCGCCCAACCAGCAAACAAGACAGCAAGAAGACUCCGAGCUGAGGAGGCAGAUCGCGACGUUGCAGUUGGAGGUUGAGAGGCUUAGGGCUGUGGCAGAGAUGGAUGAACCACCGCCAGCGUAUGAGGCAUCGGAGAAUAGGCCUUGAUCCGCUGAUAUUUAUGCUCUGUUUGCUUCGCUAAUAUUGUACUGUCCUGCGUUGUAUGUAGUCGCCGCUGACUACGACUCCUGCAUAUUACGAGUUACCGUGUACUUGCGCCUGGAUUUCAUAUGACUUAUACUGAGACACGCGUUUGUUCCCGAGAUGCAAUCCAUCAUCAGCGGCACCAGCAACAAAGAUACAUAGAUCUCCCC